AACACGUUUCGGGAGAGCAUCCGCACCGUAACACAACAUAAACACAACAGAACAAAUACCCAGAACCCCUUGCAGCACUAACUCUUCCGGGACGCUACAAUAUACCCCGCCCACCUCAACCUCCUCAUGCUCUCUCCCAAAUUCCAAGCUGCUGUUUUGAGGCAUGUUAAAAAAAAAUAAUGCACUUUGUGACUUCAAUAAUAAAUAUGGCAGUGCCAUGUUGGCAUUUUUUUCCCCAUAACUUGAGUUGAUUUAUUUUGGAAAACCUUGUUACAUUGUUUAAUGCAUCCAGCGGGGCAUCACAACAAACUUAGGCAUAAUAAUGUGUGAAUUCCACGACUGUAUAUAUCGGUAUCGGUUGGGUAUCGGAAUCGGUAAUUAAGAGUUGGACAAUAUUGGAUAUGUGCAAAAAAGCCAUUAUCGGACAUCUCUAAUUAGCAAUUUAUCAUUUGGAUACUUAGGUUUUAUGCAUUUUCGGGGGUAAUGGAAACGCAGCUAAUGACUACCAAAAUGAAUUUGCUUGAUUUAUUUUAGUGUUUCUUAAAACAUGGCUUUUUUUUUUCUACAAAAUUAAACAACGGACUGAACAUUCUCUCAGUCUGGUGAAUCCACCAGUUCUUCAGGGGUUGUAAUGCAAACACUUUCUUCCCUAAUUCCCACAAAUCCUAAUUGUACAUUGGGCUUUAAUGCACACACAUGUUGUUUCAUUACGUGACAUGUUUUUUUUUGUAACCCAAAUGCAACAAGCUGUUGUUUGCAAAGCUUAGCGACAUGAGGACAUUUGUGGUGGCAGGCUCUCAGGGAUGACACGGAGGUCAGUUUGUGGCCAGACUUGCUUCCUGGUCUCUUCAUUUCUGUGGAUGAAUGCUAAAGAAGCUUAGGCUGUAUUAUCCUGCUGGGAAAAGGGUUGGCUCUAAGCUGGACAUAACAUCCGCUGAUGGCUAGCGGGCUGGGGUGAAGCUCGAGAAGUCAUAUGGAGACAUCGUCUCUUACGGAAGGAUCGUAGUUAUUCGUGCAGCCAUGAUUCCCACCAAGAUGUUAGUGUACAAGGGGCCCGAUGGCGGCACCCAGACGGUUUCUUGCAGCAGGCGGCGGAAGAAAUCCACGGGUGAACUCUUCCAGAAAGGAUACAGGGUCAGGAAUGGCCACGACAAAGAGGAGCAGGAUGGCACUUCCUGCUUCCAUGUCGUCUCGUACUGGGGCUUGAGGUUUUUAAGGGCCUUAAGGUUGAUACAGUUCUCAGAAAUUUUACAGUUUUUGAAUAUUCUCAAGACAAGUAACUCCAUCAAGCUGGUCAACUUGUGUUCCAUCUUCAUCAGCACUUGGCUCACAGCCGCAGGAUUCAUCCAUCUGGUGGAAAACUCAGGGGAUCCUUGGGAAAACUUCCAGAAUUCCCAAGCGCUUUCCUACUGGGAGUGCGUCUACUUGCUGAUGGUGACCAUGUCCACCGUGGGCUACGGAGACGUUUAUGCAAAAACCACCCUGGGACGACUCUUUAUGGUCUUCUUCAUCCUUGGGGGACUGGCCAUGUUUGCUCGCUACGUGCCAGAAAUUGCCGCUCUCAUCCUUAAUCGGAAGAAAUACGGAGGGAGUUAUAACUCGACCAGAGGCAGAAAACACAUCGUGGUGUGCGGCCACAUCACGCUGGAGAGCGUGUCCAACUUCCUCAAAGACUUCCUACACAAGGACAGGGAUGAUGUCAAUGUAGAAAUAGUUUUUCUCCAUAAUAUUUCCCCUAAUCUUGAGCUGGAAGCCUUGUUCAAGCGCCACUUCACCCAGGUGGAGUUUUACCAAGGGUCCGUCCUCAACCCGCACGACUUGGCCAGGGUGAAGAUUGAAUCCGCAGACGCCUGUCUGAUCUUGGCUAACAAAUACUGUGCUGACCCCGACGCAGAGGACGCCUCCAACAUCAUGAGGGUGAUCUCCAUCAAAAACUACCACCCAAAGAUCCGCAUCAUCACUCAGAUGCUGCAGUAUCACAACAAGGCUCACCUGUUGAACAUCCCCAGCUGGGCCUGGAAGGAGGGCGACGACGCCAUCUGCCUGGCCGAGCUCAAGCUGGGCUUCAUCGCCCAGAGCUGCCUGGCUCAGGGGCUGUCCACCAUGUUGGCCAACCUCUUCUCCAUGAGGUCCUUCAUCAAGAUCGAGGAGGACACGUGGCAGAAGUAUUACCUGGAGGGCGUGGCCAACGAGAUGUACACCGAGUACCUGUCCAGUGCCUUCGUGGGCAUGUCUUUCCCUGUUAUCUGCGAACUUUGCUACGUCAAGCUGAAGCUGCUGCUGAUAGCCAUCGAGUACAAGUCUGACCAGAGGGAGAGCAGCACGCUGAUCAACCCUGGCAACCACGUUAAAAUGCAAGAGGGGACGCUGGGCUUCUUCAUUGCUAGCGAUGCCAAAGAAGUCAAAAGGGCGUUGUUUUACUGCAAAGCCUGCCACGACGAUGUCACAGACCCCAAACGGAUCAAAAAAUGUGGAUGCAAGAAGUCAAAAAACACCUACAAUGGCUUCAUCAAAUCAAUCGAGGAGAACCAACAGUCGGUGCUGUCGCCGAAAAAAAAGCAGCGAAACGGCGGCAUGAGGAACUCCCCCAACUCCUCGCCAAAGACAAUAAGACACGACCCUCUCCUCAUCCCCGGCGGCGAGCAGAUGGAAAGCAUGGACGAGAACGUGAAGAAGUACGACUCCACGGGGAUGUUCCACUGGUGCAUCUCCAAAGACAUCGAGAAGGUGGUCCUGACUCGGAGCGAGGCGGCCAUGACGGUGCUGAGCGGCCACGUGGUGGUGUGCAUCUUCGGCGAUGCCAAAUCGGCGCUGAUCGGCCUGCGCAACUUUGUGAUGCCGCUGAGGGCCAGCAACUUCCACUACCACGAGCUCAAGCACAUCGUCUUCGUGGGCUCGCUGGAGUACUUCAAGCGCGAGUGGGAGACGCUCCACAACUUCCCCAAAGUCUCCAUCCUGCCCGGCACGCCGCUGAGCCGAGCAGAUCUGAGGGCUGUCAACAUCAACCUCUGCGACAUGUGUGUCAUCCUGUCAGCCAAUCAGAACAAUAUCGACGACGCGUCACUGCAGGACAAAGAGUGCAUCUUGGCGUCGCUCAACAUCAAGUCCAUGCUGUUUGACGACAGCAUCGGCGUCUUGCAGGCCAACUCCCAGGGCUUCACGCCGCCAGGUAUGGACAGAUCGUCUCCGGAGAACAGUCCGGUCCACGGCCUGGUGAGGCAGACGUCAGUGAGCACGGGGGCAAACAUUCCCAUCAUAACGGAACUAGCAGCGUUAGCAAAGGCAGGCAAAAAAGUGCCUGUGAUUUCACUCAGUCAGGAUAAAAGCAGCGGGACCAGCAUACAAAUGAUUACGGAGCUUGUUAACGACUCCAACGUUCAGUUCCUGGACCAAGACGAUGAUGACGACCCAGACACAGAGCUGUACCUGACUCAGCCUUUUGCCUGUGGGACCGCUUUUGCCGUCAGCGUGCUGGAUUCUUUAAUGAGCGCCACGUACUUCAACGACAACAUCCUCACCUUGAUCCGCACGCUGGUGACGGGCGGCGCGACGCCCGAGCUGGAGGGGCUCCUGGCGGAGGAGAACGCGCUGCGGGGCGGCUACAGCACGCCGCAGACGCUAGCCAACAGGGACAGGUGUCGCGUGGCGCAGCUGGCCUUGUACGACGGGCCCUUUGCAGACCUCGGGGACGGUGGUUGCUACGGUGACCUCUUUUGCAAAGCCCUGAAAACCUACAACAUGCUCUGCUUCGGCAUCUACCGGCUACGUGACGCACAUCUAAACGCCCAAAGUCAAUGUACCAAACGAUACGUCAUCACCAACCCACCGUACGCCUUUGAGCUGGUGCCCUCCGACCUCAUCUUCUGCCUAAUGCAGUUUGACCACAACGCUGGCCAGUCGCGGACCAGCCUCUCGCACUUGUCUCACUCGUCGCAUUCCUCCAGCAAAAAGAGCUCAUCCGUCCACUCCCUCACCGCCAUCAAUCGCAACAACCGCACCAAGAGCAGAGAUCCCCGGGACAAGCUAAAAAAAGACAUGGUUUACAGAUGAGCAGGACAACACUCACCUGAGGACCAUGAAGCACAUCAAGCCUGUGAAUACGCUCGCCAACAACAAGAUCGCCGGCAGCUCGGUCCCCAUCGGGGAAGCGGACGACGAAGGCCGGCAUCUGGAAUCCUAGAGUGGGGGACAAAUACGUAGACAAUCAAACCGUUGCGGGCGGCUGGAGCUGAGCACCAAAUAAAAGUUGCCUUCCCAGCUGACUGUUGACCAACAACAUUCACACUCGUCGGUGUUUGCACACUUCUUCUGUACAGCGAUGGCCACCGUUGGUUCACGACAUUUGUGAUUAGGGCCAGUUGUUACCAAUGACACUCAGCUCCAGCCUUACUGUUUGUCGUCGACUUACCUUUGCCUUUUUUCACAACGUAAUGUCACUGGCUUUCUUCCAAAUAUGAUAGAGCUGUUUUGCUAACGACAAAAUCACCAAAAACAAAACGGUAGAAUGUUGAAGCCACGUAUCGCAUAACGUGGGCGUAAUGAAGUCCUCCUUUGGCUGGAAGCACUGCCCGAUGAUACAUACGCGUUUGUAUUAUUUCUUUGACACCCCCGUGAAAACAGCUCUAUCAUACGUUCCAUGUUACAUCCCUGUGAUCAAAGCAUAUCCGCUUUAGCGUGUGUUUGACUAAGAUGUGUCACUGGUACCACCAGAGGGCAGUGCUUCAGCCAACGGAGGACUCCAGAGAGCCCACAGCUGCGAGAAGAGGCUUCAGUUUCGAUUGAAUUAGAAAAUGUCUUAACAAUGUGAAAUGUUUCGCUCUUAACUUGUGGCCACAAAAACAAUGCUGCUAAGUUAUGUAUACUACUAAUAGGCUUGUACAUUUAUUGUUUAUUUGUAUUUUCAACAAAUUAAACAACUAUGUAUU